AUGCUAUGUCAGGCACUCCAUAGAUUUGGUCAAAAACUGGUACGCGGACCUACGCUGAAGGAACCGGUGGCUGAGAAUGACCCAUGGAGAAGCCUGAACACUCUGGAUUUAGUGGCCCUGGGUGUGGGCCACACACUGGGUGUAGGUGUGUUUGUCCUGGCUUGUGAGGUGGUCAGAAAUCAAGCAGGGCCAUCUUUUGUGAUUUGUGUUUUGGUGGCCGGCCUAUUUUCUAUGUUGAUUGGGCUGUACUAUGCAGAGAUUAGUGCCCGGGUUCCCCAUUCUGGCUUGGCAUAUAUCUACAGCCAUGUCAUUAUAGGUGAGCUCUGGGCUUUCAUCACUGGCUGGAACCUCCUCCUCUCCAUUGGUGCUAAUGCAGUCAUUUUUUUCCACAUAUUCUUCUUAGCUUUUGAGCACCUGCAUGUGACCCUGCAUGAAAUUAUCUUACCACAUGUUUCCCACCUUCUAGAAGACAAUCUAGACUUCAUUGUUAUGUUUCUUCUGUGGUAUCUCACAGAGUUGUGGUAUAUUUGCAUUUCCUCAGUUACCAAAAUGUUCACAUUGGUGAAAAUUUUGGUUCUAAGCUUUGUCAUCAUCUCUGGCUUCAUUAAAGGGCACCUGUACAACUGGAAGCUCACAGAAGAGGACUAUGCAAUGGCUGGACUCAAUGACACCUCCAGCUUGGGCCCUCUGGGCUCUGGAGGGUUUGUGUCUUUUGCCUUUGAGGGGAUUCUCCAUGGAGCAGCUAUGUGUUUCUAUGUAUUUAUAGGUUUUGAGGAAAUUGUUACUAGAGUUGGAGAAGCCUAGAACCCCCAACGUUCCAUCCCCAGGGGCAUUGUGAUUUCACUGUUCAUCUGCUUUGUGCUGUAUUUUGGUGUCUCUUUAGCACUUACACUUAUGGUGCCUUACUACAAGCUUAAACCUGGGAGCAUCUUCCCUGAGGCAUUUCUCCUUAUAGGCUGGGCCCCUGCCUACUAUGUGGUAGUGUUUGUAUUUUUUUUUUUUUUUUUUUUUAGAAAUAGGGUUGACCUUAUUUUAUUCACAUAUCAACUGUUACACAAUAUGGCAGUAGAUGGCCUCCUGUUCCCUGUCUGUACCAGGAUCCUUACCUGGAGUAUCCCCCAGCAUGGGAUUAUUGUAUUUUUUUACAUUAUUGCAAUAAUCAUGAUCUUCUUCUUUGGACUCACUGAUCUUGUGGACCUCAUGCUUAUUGGGUCCCUGAUAUCUUACUCCAUGGUUGCUAUUUGUGUUCUCAUCAUCAGGUAUCAGCCUGAGAGGAGGAAUGGGGGAAAUGAAUCAGAGGUGCAGGAGGAGAAUGGACAUACAGUAGAGAGGCUGACUCUACAGGGACUACUUUUUCCAGGCAGCCCCACCCCCACUCCACUCUCUGGCUGGGUUGUCUAUGUUUGUUCCCCACUGCUUGCUCUGCUGCUAAUUCUCCUUUGCCUGGUGCUGGCCCAGUGGCCAGUUCUGCUUUCUGGAGACCCAGUGUGGAUUUCAGUGGCUGUGCUGCUCCUGGUUCUCAUCAUUGGGAUCACUGGGGUCAUCUGGAGACAGCCACAGAGCUCUAGUCCCCUUCACUUUAAGGUCCCUGCUCUGCCUUUCCUCCCACUACUGAGCAUCUUUGUGAAUGUUUGCCUUAUGAUGCAGAUGUCAGCUGCCACCUGGGCCCGAUUUGGUGUCUGGAUGCUUAUUGGGUUUGCUAUCUACUUCAGCUAUGGGAUCCAGUACAGCCUGGUCUCUAACUGAACUUAAACUAGGUCCAAAACUGUAGACCUUGAACUCAGUAGUUCCAGUAUCUAUUAUAUUAUUAUUAUUUUUUACUUAUCUAAUUUUCCAUUGUGCCUGCAGCUGCUCACUGGCUUUUAAAAAUAUAUUAUUAAAA